UUUAAGCCUCCCCGCUAACCUGCUGGAGGCAGCGGUGGACGCGCUGUUGUCGGCCGCAGCCGGGGGUGAAUGGGGAGGCGGACGGCGGGGAGCUGCCGGGGUGAGUGCGGCGCCCUCCCCACCGGAGGGGCUUUCAGCUGCGGAGCCUCCCCUCCGGGGGAAGCGCAGGCUCGGUGUUUGGCAGGAAACGUGGGCCACCGUCCGCAGGAAGUGAGAGUGAGCGGAGCCGGAGUCCGCAGGGAGAGCGGCGCGGCUGCGGGGAAUGUGCGGACGGAGUUGUAGAGAAGACGGCUCGCUGUAGUUGCUCGUGCCCAGCUGACCAGGAUGUCAGCAACUGUCGAUCCCAACUUGAAGAGUCGCGAGGAGCAGGACGCAGAGCUGGACAGGAGGAUCGAAGCACUGAGGAAGAAGAAUGAAGCUCUGAUGAAGAGACAUCAGGAAAUCGAGGAAGAUCGGAAGAAGGCGGAAGAGGACGGCAUCUCUGUGACCACCUGGAGACCCAAAUACGAAGCGGAGCACGAUCGUAAGCAGAAUGGGAAAGGGAUGCCGACCCUGGCUGGUGACCUUAGUAGAUCCCCGACCGAGAAGCGAAUGGUGAAUGACAGGAAACCUCGCAACAACCUGGGCUCGCCUGGCAGACGGGGUUGGGCAGGGAGCCCCACUUCCCCAGGCUCCAGACACACGGUAGACCAGGGCGUCCACUACACCUCUCCCGGCAACUGGCCCGACAGGAUGCCGUGGAUGGAUCGCUCCGAGCGGAAUUCCCGAGGCUUCACCAGCCACGAGGGCCCAGAGGGGGAGCGGAGAGGCCGAGGCAGAAGGGGCCGUGGGGGCAGAGGAGGAGGAGGAGGUGGGGGAAUGGACGGAGGAGUUCCUACUGGAGUUUCACCGCAGGACAGAAGAGUAAAGGAAUGGGAAGAAAAGCGACGACAGAACAUUGAGAAAAUGAACGAGGAGAUGGAGAAGAUUGCGGAGUACGAGAGGGGUCAGAUGGAUGGCACUGGGGAGAAAAACCCCAUCCGGAACUUUCUGGAUGAUCCGCGCCGUUCGGGAUCCCUUCCCGACAGCGACAGGAAGGACGGCAGCCGUCGGCAUGUGCGGAAUUGGGGUGGGCCGGACUUUGACAAGGUGAAGACCGGUCUGGAUCGGGGAAAGGACCGACAGGGCAGGCACCCUGGUGCCAAGGACUCCUUCGACAUGACCUUGUCUAUGACCGGACGGGAGAGAGCCGAGUACAUGCGCUGGAAGAAGGAGCGGGAGCAGAUUGACCAGGAGAGGCUGGCUCGGCAUCGCAACGCUACGGGGCAGUGGAGGCGUGAGUGGGACGCUGAGAAGACUGAAUCCAUGUUCAAAGAGAGUUCACGUCCCACUGAAGAAAGCAGCACUAGAGGUUCGAAGAACUUUAAGAAAUCAAACUUGAGUGCCAGGCAUACAGAUGAACAAAGACCACCCAAGCCGCCAACAAUUUCUGACUUUAUCUUUCAAUCCAAAAGUAAGGAUUCCAAGAGAGGGAGAGUCAAACGCAGAGAGAAGAACUACAGCAUGCAUGACAAUCGAUGGGAAACAUCUGAAGCUGAACCAGAGGAGAAACAAGAGAAGGAGUUGAAGGCCCCACCUGUCGAAGCUCCAGUGCUCUCUGAGAGCAAGGUCGAUGUGGACGAGUCUCCUGCAGGUGACCUCGAUGAUGCUGACGAUGAUCAGUGGGAAGAUGCCAGCGACAGCGAAGAGGAGAUAGUGGGCGAGGAUGUGUCGGAGGGCGAGGAGGUAGUGGUGGAGUCAACUGAGGAAGAGAGAGACGGUGGAGGAAUGAAGGAUCAGGAGGUGGCAGCAGAUGAGCAGAGCACCGACCAAAGUCCAGAGGUUGGAGCCAAAGACCAGCGGGUCAGGAAGUCCCAGGAAACACCCAGACUACACAUAAAAGAUGCACCCGAGGAGCCAGCAGAAACUGAGUCCAAACCCCUGAGUCCGUUCUCGCUCGAAGGAUAUCAUCCAGUCAAAGACUGGGCAGAGGAGAUGGAAGUAACUUCUCCCAGAACCAACGUGUUGCAGAAUCCCCUGCAAUCAGCUUCCACUGACAAAUCUUCCCAGGAGGACGUCAAGGCUGAUGUGGAGUUGGAGUCUGGGGUCACCCCUGCCGACUGCGAGUCACAUGCCUCCGAUGUCCAUACUGGGCAGAAGUCCGUGGCUACAGCUGAGCCCAGUGGGAGUGGGGGCGAAGAUCCUGCUAGUGAAAUCCCAGAGGAGAAAGUUGAGCAUGCUGCUGAGGAUACGGCCGCCAUAGAGGCCGCCCAGGGGAAGGAAGAAGAGGAGUCGAAGACAGUGGUCAACAUACAAACAGGCGAAGCCCUAGAAGCCACCAGCAGGACAUCACAGAGCACAGAUUGUGUGGAAGAAAGUGAGCCCAUCUCAGGUUGACUGAGCCCCUGGACUGACUUCUGGAUGAAGACCUCUACUUCAAUCCGUGUGUGGAAAGGAAUGGGGUGACCUAUUGAAAUGUACCAUGUAAUGGUUUCCAAAGUAGUCUGAACAGAGCCGAGAAAUUAAUGGGUUUGAAUGGAGAUUCUUAAAAUGUCAGAAAUAGCUAUUGUAUUUACACCAAAGAAUUUUGUGCACUAUUUUUUCAAUUAAUUGCAAAUUUAAACUGCAGCCUCUUCCUGUAUUUUGUCCUCUCCACCAGCACAAGAAGUCUAACAAAUUAGAUAGCAGCAGGUGUGCCUUUGCUGUGAGGAGAUGGGGACUGUUAGAAUUCUAUAUUAUUUUUGUCUGAAUUGAGCAAUGCUGUAAUGUAAUAAACACUUUU